CUUGGCGAAGCGUCGUUUGAAUAUACUCUGCAGCAGCGAUCUGGCACUUGUAGAGAACAUGACCUCGUACGGGUACAACAGUGGCAACCGCAGCAAGCAGCCGCAGCACAUGAUGGACGACGACGAAGACGAAGACUUGUACGAAGGGUUCAACUACUCGAUCGACUUGGCGCCGCCGCAAACCGCGUCCAUGCAACAGACCAGCAGCUACUUCAAGACUGGUCAAUCUGGUCAGAACGGUGGAAACAACCCGCCAGGCACAGCGUUCCGGGCGCCGCCGUCGCAGAUGGGGCGUCAGGUGCCGACGGCUCGGCUGCAGACUGGGCAGCAAGGCAGCGGCGAAGUGGCACGACCCAUGACGUCGGUGACUGGUGCCGGCUUCUCGUCCAAUCCCAAAACUGCCGCCGGUCAACGCAUGUUUGAUCCGCUGGGGGAAGCCCGCAAGACCCCCGCGCCACCGCUCGCUGAAAAGGCCGAGAAUUCACCCAAAGAAACGGCCAAGGAGCUCGAGAAGCUCGUGAACGCGCUCAUUGAACAGAGUUCCGAGGCCGCCGUCAAGCACGAGAGCGAAGAAGCGUUGCGGCUCGCUAAAGAGGCGGGAAAGAAGGAGCGAGCGUUCACCAAGCACUGCGAAACGCACGGGCUUAGCGAUAUGACCAACAUCGACUUGACGUACGCUGUGUUUUUUAACUUGGCGAAUGCGUACCACUUGAACGGGAUGUGGAAGGAAGCGAUUCAAAGCUACACCCCAAUAGUCAAGAAUAAACAAUACCCCCAAGGCGGUCGGCUUCGCGUCAACAUGGGCAACAUUUACUUUGAGCAGCAGCAAUACCCGACCGCCAUUCGCAUGUAUCGCAUGGCGUUAGAUCAAAUCCCCAACACAUCCAAGGAAAUUCGGUUCAACAUCAAGAAGAACAUCGGGUCGGCGCAAAUCAAGCUCGGCCAUUACCAGGACGCAGCCACGACCUUUGAAGAUAUUAUGGAAGGCAACCCUGACUUCCAGUCUGGGUUCAACCUAAUCAUCUGCUACUACGCGAUCGGCGAACACGAAAAGAUGCGCCGAGGGUUUACCAACUUGAUUGGCAUUCCGAUGGAAGGGGUGGGUGACGACGACGGCCAGGACGACGAAAGCAAGGAAGGGGAACCCCCCGCCGGCGCGGUGCAUUUGAAAAAGGACGGGCUGAAAGCUGAGAUUCGGGAGCGGCAAAAGAAGGCGUCGGAAUUCAUUUUGACCGCUGCCAAGUUGUGUGCCCCGGCGCUCGACAAGAAGGACUGGCUCGCGGGGUACAACUGGGUCAUUGACGCGAUGAAGGUCGACCACGAACCCAUCGCCAGCGAAAUGGAAAUCUGCAAGGCGCUGCACUUUUUGAAGAACAAGGAUUUUGACAAAGCGAUCGAAGUGCUGAAAGCGUUUGAAAAAAAAGACCCCGCGCUCAAGGCCAUGGCGGCGACGAACUUGAGCUUUUUAUAUUUUGUCGAAGGCGACUACGCGCAAGCCGACAAGUUUGCGUCGUUGGCCGUGCGCCACCAGCGCUACAACGCCAAGGCGUUGGUGAACAAGGGCAACUGCCUGUACGUGAAAAACGAAUGCGAACGGGCCAAGGAAUUGUACUUGGAAGCAAUUGGGGUCGAAGCGGACUGUAUCGAAGCGAUUUUCAACUUGGGGCUGGUGAACAUCAAGAUUGGCGUCCUCAAUGAAGCCCUCCAAGCGUUUGAGAAGCUCCAUAGCAUUGUCCCCACCAACACUGAAGUGCUGUAUCAAAUUGCAAACCUGCACGACAUGAUGGGCAACUACCGUCAAGCCGCGAAAUGGUUCAACAUCUUGCUGUCGUGCUUUGGGUCGGCGAAGAACAUCGCCGACCCGGGCGUGUUGGCUCGGAUGGGGCAAAUUUUCAACAAGGACGACGACGAGACUCAGGCGUUCCACUUCCACUUGGAGUCGUACCGGCAUUUCCCAGUGAAUUUGGACGUGAUCUCAUGGCUUGGCGUGUGGUAUGUCAAGAGCGAGCUGUACGAAAAAGCGAUCCAGUUCUUCGAGCGCGCGGCGCAGAUCCAGCCCACCGAAGUCAAGUGGCGGCUCAUGGUCACGAGCUGCCACCGCCGCAUGGGGGCGUACCAGAAGGCGCUGGUCUUGUACGAGCAGAUUCACGUGGAUUACCCCGAUAACCUCGAGUGCCUGCGAUACUUGGUGGCAAUUUGCAAGGACUUGGGCCAAAAGUAUGAACAUCACCAGCAAGCACUGGCCAAACUUGAGCGAGAAAAUGCCGCCAAGAUCAAUUCGCAAACGAACACGACCCAACAACAGGCGACCCCGCAGCAGCAGCAAUCGAUGAACCGACCGGCGAGUGGCCAAAACGAUCGAGGAGGGGGAUCGGCCGGGGGCCGGCGGGGAGAGGCCAACAACCAGCACCCAGACAACAGUGUGUACGACCAUGGUGGCAGGACGCAGCAACGGGAGGCAACCCGCGAAGAGAACAAUAAAAGCAGCAGCUUUCACGUGGAAGCGGACGAGUCCGACUAUGCCGUCCCUAAGCCCAUGUCGUCUAACGCUGCAUCUUCGAGCCCCAAGGUUGCUCGAAAGGACAAAACUGAUGAAGCAGACGACUGGGGCGAUGCGGAUGUGGGCAACCUCUUGGGAGAUUAAUUCAAAUGCUGUGUAAUAAUAAGAAUAGAUGGGAAAUGAAGACAGAGUUCGAGUGUGGUUUCGAACUGGAGUCACGUAGCCACCACAUUCAUAACGAUGAAAUACAGUGGCUUUCCGACACCGCA